AUGCUUGAUGCAUGCACAAUAGAAGCGCAAAAUGUUGUUGUAGAAGUGCAAGAUGCAUUAAAUGAUGAUUUAAUUAUGCAUCAUUGUUAUGCUGAAACAAUUACGGAUACGAAAUUAAUAAAUGAUGACGAAUUCAAAUUAAAUCCAAAGAAUGUACGAUGUAACUCUGAACAGGAAAAUUUGGCGUUAACAUGUUUGGUGGAACUUGUUGAAGUUAAUCGAAAAGUAGCCGAAUUAAAUAGUCUCAAUUUUUUGCAUGAAAUUAGUCAACCAAAUUCAACGAUCAUUUCUGGAAUUUGCAAUUUGUAUAAUAAAUAUGAUAACUGUAUCAGAUUGGAUUAUCACCCAUUUGUAGUAAACGUACACGUAGGUUAUUACACGGAAAUAACGAAUGCAUUCAAAAGAUUAAACAUCGUACCAGUACAUGCCAAUCCGGAUUAA